AUGAUGCCAAAACUCAUUAGCUGGAACGUAAGGGGUCUCAAUGAGGUUAGUAAAAUGCUUGGUGUUCGUCAUUUGCUAAGGGGAUGGGGGGCAAAUCUUGUUUGCCUACAAGAAACUAAGAUGGAGUUUAUCUCGAGGGCGGUGAUUCGUAGUUUAUGGGGAGAGAGAUCAAGUAGGAUAUCAGUUUUUGGGGUCAUCAGGGGUUUCAGGAGGCGUGAUGGAUUUCGGUGGAUGUUCACAAGAGUUUAUGGGCCUAAUUCUGAUGACAGUAGAGUGGGUUUAUGGGAUGAACUGACUGGAAUGAGGGCUUGGUGGAAUCUCCCUACAUGUAUUGGGGGUGAUUUCAAUGUGAUUCGAUUUCCUUCGGAGAGGUCGAGUGGUGGGAGUCUAACCAGGGCAAUGGAGGAGUUCUCAGAUUUUAUUAGGGAGAAUUUGUUGGUGGAUUUAUCCAUGAUUGGGGGAGAUUAUACCUGGUCAUCCAAUCGGGAUCGACCCAUUUUGUCUCGUACUGAUAGGUUCUUGAUUUGUGGGGAGUGGGAGUCUAAAUAUUCAGAUGUCACUCAAAGAAGAUUGGGGAGGGUAUACUCGGAUCAUUUUCCUAUUAUGUUAUCAGGGAAUAGAAGGGGUGGUGGAAGAAGACCUUUCAGGUUUGAGAAGAUGUGGUUGAAAAAGCUAAAGGUGUUUAAAGGGGACUUAAAGAAAUGGAAUGAGGAAGUUGUGGGCAAUGUUAACUACAAUAAAAAUCAGUGUCUGUCAGAGAUAGAUGAAUUGGAUAGGCGGGAGGAGAGUCAGGGGUUGACUGGAGAGGAAAAUGAGAGACAUAGAGUAUUAAAGGAAGAGAUGGAGAGGUUGGUGGAGAUGGAGGAGAUUAAUUGGCGACAUAAAUCUAGAGUUACUUGGUUGAAAGAGGGGGAUAAAUGCACUAAAUUCUUCCAUAGGGUCGCCAAUUCUAAUAGGAGGAAUAACUCCAUCACAGUUUUGGAGGUGGACGGCGUUACUUAUGAGGAACCACAGGGUGAAUUUUUAUCAGAACCUCUAUCAGGAGUAAUUUGA